AUGUCUUUAAGCCAGCCCUAUGUGCGUCGCCGUUCACGCAGUCGGUCCCCACCUUCUGGAGUCAAGCUUCAUGUAAAAAACCUCCCAGUAAACAUAUCUCAAGAAUUUAUCCACAAUACAUUCGAAGCUUAUGGAAAUAUAAUAGAAAUAAGAGUGAUCAGAAAAGGAAGCAAUGGGCAGCCUUUAAGAGAGUCAGUGUAUGGUUUUAUUGUGAUGGGUUCGCUCGAAUCAGCUCAGCGAGCAAUGGAAGAUCUUAACAGUAAAGGGUGGAGCAUCAAUUUUAGCAAAGAGUCAAUACACAAGUCUUCAACUCAACAACCUUUUCAAAAUCCCCCAGUAUCCCAUAUUCACUACAAUAGUUUCAUUAUGCACCAUACUUUAAAUGGUCCAAACCUCAUAAUUUUUUAUCUAUAGUCGUCUGAAAUCAGAUUUUUUGACUUAAUAACAGAUGAAAAUUAAAAUAUUGACUAAUAGAGAUCUGCAUUAGAGCAAAGGCUAUAUAUCAAACACUAGAAAUAAUGCCAAACGAUGUGUCUUUCCAGCACAAUGCUCAAGCCACCAAUAUCAUGCUGCUAAACAACGCCAACCCGAAGCCAGGAAUGCCAAUGGACCGAAGACUGCUGGAGAAAUUACUCGAAGAGCAUCAGCCCUCCGCUUUCAACCUAUCAGGAGUUCCGGAGCAUUUUAAAGGUUUCUUUUUAGUAAGAGAAGUUUGAAUUGGAAACAUUUCUCCUGCGACUGAUAAACAACUCUUAUAUGAUGCCUUCAAAGUCUAUGGCGAAAUCGAAGGCAUCGAAAUGUUUUCUUCUAAAGGCUUCGCUUUCAUUAAAUAUCGUAAAGUGGUUGCAGCCACCCGGGCAUAUGAGCGUGCUGACGGGACUUUGGUUGACAACCGUCCCGUUAAAGUGGCGUUCGCUGACCCGACUCGUCGCAUUGAUAUAGUAGGCGAUUCUUUAAUUCCUGAAAAUCCAAAUUUUAACCCUAUUGAUGAUGAUCUUUUCAAAAAUCUUUUCUUACUCUCCUUUAAUUUAAGAAAUAUAAGGUAAAUGGGAAAUUUUUUAUUGGCAAAACCUUUGAAUCCAUUUAAUGCUAAGGAUCCCCCCCCUCAUUUGUCGAAUUUUCUAGUCUUUUUUUUUAUAAGAAAUUUUUUUUCUGGACCUCAUUUGUCCCAAAAUCUAGUCAAAAAUGAUUUGUGUCCAAUUUUCUAGUCUUUUUUUGGAUUUUUUCGAAUGCCCUAAAUUCUAGUUUUUUACUUUAAAAAAACUAGAAAAUGAGACAAUUGAGAUCCUGAAAAUUUUUUUUCUCUAUCAAAAUUUUGACUAGAAAAUUGGACAAAUGAGGGUCCUAAAAAAAUUUUUUUUUCCUAUAAAAAAAACUAGAAAAAAUGGACAAAUGAUAAAAGACUAGAAAAUUGGACAAAUGAGGGGGGGAUCCUUAUAUUUGCUCUAUUUGAAAGAGGAAUUGAUAAUUGCAAACUAUUUAAAUAUUGCUGGUACUUUAACUCAAUAAAUUCUAUUAAUUAAUAUUUCAUAAAAAUGCGACUUUUUUUAAAGUUUCAUAUAAAUUUUUUACAAAAAAAUGAUUGGAACAUUUUUUUCCGAUUUAAAAGGAAGAGCUAGGUUAUCCUUCUGGCAGCAUAAUACCUUCAGAGUCAAAACUUCGUGAAGUCUUUUCUCGUUAUGGAAAUGUCAGACGAAUUUCAAUCAGACAAGGCACUCCGUCAAGCCGGCCUUUUGCCUUUGUGGACUUCGAAAAAGGAGAACAAGCUUCUGAAGCAAGAAAAAAGCUUUAUAUUGAAGACAGUGAUGGAGCUAAAAGGAGAGAACUAGGCGACCCUGCAGUAGAAAUUUCAUUCAAGAAUACAAAUAAUAUAGUGUCUAGAAAUGGACUUAAAAACGGAGUAAGAUUUCAAGAGAAAGCAUCCAAAGAAGAGGAAGUCUCAGAAGUAGCCAAACGGCUUCUUGAACAACCUCCUGCAUUUCUUAAUCUUCUUAGGUUUCAAUCUAUGUUUUCUAUGGGAACUCCUUUUAUGAGUCCUGGCAUGCCACACAUACCGAUGAUGCCAAUACUGCCUCAAACGCAAAUGCUUCCUCAAAACAACCCAAUAUUCCAAAAUCCAAUCCCAGCUCCUGUACAAUCUAAACCUUCCCCUGCAAAACCUCAAUUAUCAAAACCUCCAGCAGAAGAAAAGAAAAGCGAAUUGCUAGGGACUGUUGUAUGGUCAGGCUUUAUGACAAGGAACAAAAAAUUCAAAGUCGGCAUUGACGCUACACUUGUACAAGGAACACCUGAUUGUUUUCCUAGUACUAUGUAUCAUAUUGAUAUCUCACAUAGAGUUCAGCUUAAAGAAGCCACAAAAUUCCACAAGCUGGCACUUUUGACCUUUGAAGCUUCAAAUGGGCUUCAUGAUGAAACUUUUGCAAGCUAUGUGAGCUAUUUUAAAGAAAAAGAAAGAGCUGGGUAUAUUGGAAUAAGAAAUUCAGUGCUGUAUUUGUGCCCUCCAAUUAAGGAAGCUAAAGAAAUGUAUCCACAAAUUGAAGACCACCAAUUAUUAGGAAUUUUUGUUGACCCUACAAGGAAAGUAGAAAAGAAAAAAGAGCCAAAUCAAUUGGAAGAACUUAUGCAGCUGCUAAAAAAGCCUGGAGUAACUGAAGCUUUAAAGAAUUUUGGUAAAAGUGGCCCAUCGCCUAGUGACCCUAGACUGAUGCCUCAUAAUUCUUAA